CCCUAUUCAUCCAUAUAGAUGCUUUCCAAAUGAAGCUAUCUCAGCACUCAGAUCGCCUGGCUCUCACUCUCUUAUGCCACGGAUCGACUCAUAGUGCACGCCAGGUGACCUUCAUUCAACAAACAUGAUAUUCACUGUGGCAGAACUUGGCUAAUCACUUUUUUUGCAAGAGUAAAGCUGUUUUGCAACGUGGUGGCCCAUAAGAUACGCUGUCAUUUGGGUACUGACACGAGGCAAAGGAACUACCGACAAAUCGGCAACGUGGAUAUUGUCAGAACCAAACACCUUUCCUGUCGAGGCGCUGCUUUCUAAACCCAUGUCAACCACGUCACCAAACACACAACCGCCCGCAAGAUGCUGCUCCGAAAGCAAUGUUUUUCUAGAAAAAUGUCGGACGUAUUUCUUCACCUGUCUGCCCUUCUCGUACGGGAUUUUGGUUAUAAAUUGGAACAAGAAGCGAACGAGGAAGUUGGGCCUUUUCCCAUUGGACUCCAAGAAAUCGAUAUUCUUGUUGAUUGCUUGUUCUGCAAUGACGAAGUCUUCAUCAUCAUCUUCAAAGAAACGCAAGGUAAUCCGGUCCCCUUUCUUCUCGUAAUAACCCUCUCUUGUUGCAUUGAAUUUCAAAAGAGAGGUAGUGAGGAUGUAUCGCUUAUUUUUCCGGAAAACGAGUUUAGGCAAUUUGGAAAAUAAAUCAAUGAUGUAAAUGAUACCCGUAAGCAACACUCGAAUAAUGUUCGAGAGAUAAGUGUAAACAAUUGGGUUUCUUCCCAUGAAGCGCUUGAACCAAUUCACAGGUAGAAAGCAAAGAUAUAGACUUGAAACCAAGUAUACCAAGCGAAGGGCAUCCCCAGUGAAAAAGUCGAAGUUUACAAGGGCGGUUUGAUAUUCACCUCCUUUAUCACCGUGACGAAAAUUCACUGUAGCAAAAAGAGAUUCAUAGUUAUCGGUGGGACCAACCGCUAGCGCCUGUUCCUCUUCAACAACAUAGAUUGCAAGCGGCAUACAAAUGUGGUCGUUGACACGAGUCCCGAUUUUUGGAUUUUCGUCGGCUAGUUCCUUUGUCUGCAAGAGCAAUCGUGGACUCUCUGAGCCUCCACACAACACAACUCUACCACUUCCAUUCUUGACUUUGUACACCGCUGAAGCGCCUUUUUUGUUCUUCGUUUGAACAGCGGUGCAGGUGUAGAUGUUCGGAUCCGUGUCGCUCUUGACCAUCACCAGAUCCGUGACACUUGUAUUCCAUCUAAAACGUACUCUUUCCCAUUGGACGAGAGAUACACCACUAUUAGUACGUUGUCCAAAUUGAUUAAAUUGAGUCGGAAAGAUGUAAAUUCGUUUUGAUUCUUUAUCCUCAUUCGAGGCUUCGGAGUUGCUUGGGAUGUUUCCAAUCAUAUCACGCUUGUUUGGGCCCAUAAAUCCUGACUGUUCGGCAUUACUCUCAAUGAAUUUCGCGAAGGGUGUUUGAAAUCCUGGAGUAAAGGGGUUGGGUCGAUUUAGGCAGUCGUUCAGUUCCUUUUUGCAUUCAUUCCAGUAAGCGACGUCCCGACCCGCCUGUUUGACCAACCAUUCCGAGCUUUCAUGGAUCAUUGUAUAGUUGAUGGAACCACCGCCCCCCAUUGUUUUGGCCCUACCAGAAAGUACCGACCUACCGUCCGGCGUAACAGUGUUGUGGAGCUGAAAAAUAUCGCCGGUUCCAUAAGUCUUCGACCAUCCAUUUUGGUGCGUAACAUCGGACGUGUAAAAAUAGUUCUGUCCCUGCUCAAGAACCAAAAUUCUAUAAUCGGACGGGACAUGUUUGAGGCAUUCGCCUAAGAACCCACAGGCUCCAUUACCACUUCCGACAACAAUCAGAUCAAACUCUUCGUCAUCGGAGAUAGGAGGCAAUGCAUUCUCGUUGCGAAACAUGUCGAUAAUUGAUACCGUGAUUUAUGGAAAGUGUUUGAAAAUGAGAAGCGCACCGUACGGUAGUUCGAUCAUUCGAUUACGUUGAACGGUGGAGGCCAAGAUUUUUUCGCGAAAUCAGAACUGAAUGAGAACUUGUAAAAAAAUAGCUUAAAUAUAUAUUGAUACUUUUGUAAAUAAUAGUACGAUACUGAUAAUUUUGUGACAUUUCCAUGGCAACGGCACGGCAGUCACAAUGGGUCGAUAUGACUCUUUGGAAGUCAUUUUUAGUUCGUUACUGGUAGGGGUAUUAAUCUAAAAUUGCUAUCCACAGAACACAGGCAAUUAAAAAGAGGCGGGAUCAAAAUUAGUACUUUACCGUAAGUACUCGUACUUCUAGUAUUUUUUACUGCUACUCUACAGUAUUGAAUUUUUGUCCUGUAACAGUACAAACAAAGUACCGUACAGUAUCGUAAUGCCUUCUGAAUUUUACAGUAAUAAAAUCACCGAACGGCAGCAGUUAAAUAAUUAGUACUUUACGUACUACUUCUAGAAGUAAAAUGCUGCACAGAAGUAACGUAACGUUACAUCUUCCCACCAUCCACAAGUACUGGUACGUACGUACGAUGAUCUGAGUACGCAUGUACGUCCGUAUGUUGAUACGAGUACGCGUAACAGAUGGAAGUUUGACAUAUGCUAUCCUACAAACACACGUCAUCGAACUUGGCGUAAAUUACGUAUGUACGUAGUACACAAGUACGAGUAGGGUACUCGUACUUCUAGCGUACGAGUCACAGGACCUAAAGUACCCUGUAUCCUUUUGUCAUUGUUAGUGCACCAACUACGUGAUCGAAGUACGUAAUUUGGGUGAAUUAUAAAUAUUAUGGAUUAAGCUAGAAAGUAAAGGUAUGCAAAGGAGAAGUGAAUCUGUUCGAUAGGGAUUCUGUACCCUUGAUCCGGGACUUGAUCUGGAAUGUCCAAAGGGGUCGGUUGGCUCGGUUCUCAUAUAUAUGCCGUUUGGUCUCGCGCGAUCACCUGCGCUCUCGUGGGACCGACGCUCGUUGCAGUUAGACCCUGUGCUUGUUCUCUAUUCUCAAACAUGCGGGGGACAUGACUACGAGGUUCCUUACUAUUACGUACCCAUACGAGUGCCGUACGGUAUCGUACUCUGUCCUAGAGCCGGCAACAGCACUAACCUGAUGCUACGGUACUAAUAUGUCGUACUUUUAUAGCUUGUCUGCACGUAUUACGAACCUCUCGACUAGGAUCAACUCCGCAGAAAAAAUUACGGUGAUCGUGAAUCUAGAGUAAUAACAUCGCAGCACAUCGGGGCUGCAAGAAAUAUGUUUUUGGCGUUUCAUAGAUCAUCAGGAUCACUUAUCAUCCGACGUCUGCUGAUUUUUUUGCUCCUGUGCUGCAACACAGCUAUCGGUUUCUUAAAGGUCCCAUAUUCAAGAUAUCCCUCGUUUUGGAAAGCAGCGCCAUCGUCGUUGUUAUUUCCGCAAUCGAAAAAAUUGAUACCAGACAAAUAUUACUGCAACGCCGGGCCUCACUCUGAGACUUUCAUAAAAAUGGCGGCAUCAAUCGCUGGAGAAAAUUGCUCUUUCAAAGUGCAAUCGACAAAGAAUAUAAAGGAAAUCAAAGCAAUCUUAUUUGAUAUGGACGGGACUCUUUUGGACACCGAAAGUCUAGCUGACAAAGCCAUUUUAAUGGCUUUAUUUGGUUGCAGUGACAACGAUGACGAUAGUGACCAACCACGUUUGCCAGAAUCGCUCCGGUCGAAGCCCCCGACGUCGGAAUGGCGGCUGCCCUGGGAAUUAAAAAAGAAGAUUCUUGGUUUGCGUGGGAAAGAAUGGGCACCGAUAUGCUUGGACUUUGCUAGGCAGCACUGCGAACGCUCUCUCCCAACCGCUGAAGACUUAAUCAAUUUGUGGGAGCAAAAUUUGAACGGCAUGUGCUCUGAGAUCGAAGCUUGCGAAGGCGCGAAGGCGUUGGUCAAAAGUAUCAUCUCAUCUUGCAAUUCUUCGAACUCGAAAAUUCCUCUAGCUAUCGCAACGUCAAGCCGAAUGUCUGGCGUAGAUAAGAAACGGACCCGCCACGAAAAAGAUCUGUUCGAAUGCAUCGAUGAAAUAGUCACGGGGGAUGAUCCCGCCGUUAAAAAUGGAAAACCAGCACCCGACAUCUAUCUAGAGGCUGCUCGCCGUCUAGGUGUGGAUCCAACAGAAUGCUUGGUCUUCGAGGACGCGCUCUCCGGUGUGAAAUCGGGGAAGGCGGCAGGAUGCCAGGUCGUUGCCGUUCCCGACCCACGCUUCUCCAACAAAGAACGAACUCGAUUAUUUCUCAACGAAGGCGGAGCCGAUGUCGUGUUGACGAGUUUGUGGGAAUUUGACGGACGCGAGUUUGGAAUGGAUUUUGACAUGAACGAAAUUGCACAAUCGAGGGGACAACAAUAACAGCUACUCCCAGCCAAUGAGGAAUGAAUGUUAAGCUCAGCAAAUAAAUUCCAACAACUGGC